AUGCUACUGGAUAAGGGUGCGGACGUCAACGCUGAAGGUGGAGCAUAUGGCAAUGCACUGCAGGCAGCAUCAUCAGGAGGUUAUGAUCAAGUGGUACAGAUACUGCUAGAUAAGGGUGCGGAUGUCAACGCUCAAGGUGGCAAGGCGCUGCAGAUAGCAUCAUUUGGAGGUUAUGGUCAAGUGGUACAGAUACUGCUAGACAAGGGUGCGAAUGUCAACGCUCAAGGUGGAACAUAUGGCAAUGCGUUAUACGAGGCAUCAUCACAAGGCCAUGAUAGUUUGGUUCAAAUGCUACUGGAUAAGGGUGCGGACGUCAACGCUGAAGGUGGAUAUCAUGGUAACGCACUGCAGAUAGCAUCAUUUGGAGGUUAUGGUCAAGUGGUACAGAUACUGCUAGACAAGGGUGCGAAUGUCAACGCUCAAGGUGGAACAUAUGGCAAUGCGUUACAGGCGGCAUCAUCACAAGGCCAUGAUAGUUUGGUUCAAAUGCUGCUGAAUAAGGGUGCGGACGUCAACGCUAAAGGUGGAUAUCAUGGUAACGCGCUGCAGGGUGCGGACGUCAACGCUGAAGGUGGAUAUCAUGGUAACGCACUGCAGGCAGUAUCAUCACAAGGCCAUAAUAGUUUAGUUCAAAUGCUACUGGAUAAGGGUGCGGACGUCAACGCUGAAGGUGGAUAUCAUGGUAACGCACUGCAGGCAGCAUCAUCAGGAGGUUAUGAUCAAGUGGUACAGAUACUGCUAGACAACGGUGCGGAUAUUAACGCUCAAGGUGGAUUUUAUGGUGGCGCACGGCAGGCAGCAUUAUCAGGAGGUCAUGAUCGAAUCGUGCAGAUGUUGCUGGACAGAGGAGCCAUUGAGAAUUGA